AUGUGGAACUACCUCAUUGCCAAGGAGGAAGCCGCCAGCAACUCACUCACUGAUCACAACAAGAUUGUCCUGGUCUCCACGCUCCUCGACCAGUCCGCCGCCAUGUGGUAUGAGCAGAUCAUGGCCGACUAUGUGGAGUACCAGCAAAUGGCGGGUCAAGCCCAGAAGCAGGGGCAGCCGGUACUGGCUUACACCAGCCCGCUCCUCGAUCUCGACACGUUCUUGAGCGCCUUCCUUCAGCAGUUUGAAGACCAACGACACCGCACUCAUCAAGCUCUACAAGAGGAGCUUGAAGUCUGCUAUCUGCAACAAGGUCAACGGCCAAGGCAGUGGCGUGAAGAUCAUCUAGACUGGCCCUCAUUGCAGUCUACCACAGGCAACUCGUCCUCGCACCACCAGUCCUCCGGUGCAAACAACAACACGAGCCGGUCUACGGGUGCUUUGCAGCAGCAGCAGCAGCCGUCACGCAAUGCCAACCAAUGGCAUCUGCGCAAUGGCAAUUGGCGUCCUUGGGGUGCCCCUGCCCAACAACCACGCACGCCGACACCAGCAGCCAACACUGGUGUAGUCCCAAUAGACAUUAAUGCGGCCAACGCAGCCAUGAGACUAUUUGGCGGAAGUACAGCCGGUAUCGGAUGA